CCCGGCAGCCUCGGGGUGGGGGAGGUCGGGGAGGGGGCGAUAAGAUGGCGCAGGGGGCGGAGUGAGGCGCAGUCGUUCGCCUAGGCUGUGGCCCGGCUUCUGGAGAUGAAAUGAUGUGAUGCCUGGGAUUUGCUUCAAAAUAAUCUGGAAGGUGGGAGUCAAUCAUUUUGACAAGUCUCCCGAAAGGAACAGCUAGCAGGAGCUGAACCCUUUUUCCAUUUGGUCUCGUGGCAAAGGCAGAGAUCACACCAGCAGCUCCACACAAUAUGAUGUGCUCACUAGUGCCCUCUGAACAGUCUUCUGGUACCUCUCUCUUGCCUAAAGACAAUGCUCCUUUUUCUUGGAGUUCCUUGGAUGAGGAUGAAUUGGAUGACUCCUUGCUGGAGCUAUCUGAUGGAGAAGAUGAUGGCCAUUUCAGUUUCACAGAGGAACAGAUUCAGGAACUCUUGAAGGAUGAUGACCUAUCAAAUGAGCACUUUCCUUGGGGAGGAGGGUUGCCUAAUGAUGACAGCAGGAAUGUUGAGAAGGGAGAGAAGGGGAGUCAAAUUCCACUUGACACUCCCCAAGAGAAAGAUUCACCAUACAACAUGGGACCAGAAGCUGAGACCCCUGACACAUUCAAACUACCUCAACUAACUACAUCAGUUGGUCAUGGACCAACUCCUACUAAACCAUUGAACAGACGCUUUGCACUAGAAAAGAAUCUUAUAAAAGUUACAGUUGCACCAUUUGAUCCAACAGUUUGUGAUGUUGUACUUGAUAAGGACAAGACUUAUGUGUCCAAAGUUACAUCCAGAGUUACUGAAAAACCCUCCUCCCUUGGGGAAGAGAUGAGAGAAGAUGAUCUUAGCCCAAAUGAGAGCACACUUUGCACAGAAUCUGAAGGGAUCAGCCCCAAUAACUCUGCCUAUGAUGGGCCCCCACUCCCUUCUUCAAACAAUAAUUUUCAACAUACUGUCUCUGAUAAAAACAUAUCCAACAGUAAGAAACCUACGCCUGUAUUCUCUCAGAUCUUGGACCAUUCAGAGACUUCUAAUACAGGGUCAUCCUGGAGAAAUGGAUCAUAUAAAUCAAGUUUUGAAAUGAAGUUACCAGCUUCCAGUUCAUCAAGCAAACAGGAUGUUCUUGAGAAGGAUUCUGGGAAGCUAAAGGUCCAUGAAAAAAGACUAGGCAAAGUCAUUCCUGUUCUGCAAACCAAAACAAGGACUAAUGUUCCGACGUUUUCACCGUCAGACCUAGAAAAGCAGAAGCAAAGUUAUCUCAGGAAUGUCAUUGCUCAUAUAGAAGACCCAGUGGAUUCAAACCAAGGUACCUUGGGGGAGCUGUGUGCCUUGAUGGAUCAAGUUCAUCACAUGCACAACCAGAAAUGGCAGCAUCCUUCAGACCUCACCAGGCGAAACUACGCCCGGUUCCGACAGAAAUCUCUGCAAAGAUACAGUCUGACCCAGUGGGUUGACCAGAAUAAGCGAAGCCACCAUCGGUUCCAGCGUCUACCAGAUUUCCCAUACGGUCCACUUGUCUCCUCCCAUCAGCAGUGAAGGGCCCUAUCCAGGGUCCUGUCCAAAGCAGCAUCUCAUCUUCUGCUGUUCCAUGCUUUGUAGAUUUCAAAUUUUAUUUUUCACAAUAUUUUUAUUUAAAGAACUUGUCACCUUUUGGAAAUGCAUAUUGCUGACUUGAAAUUUUUUGUAUAGGGUCCUUCGUUUCUGUGUGUGUGUAUGCAUUUAAGCAGUGUUGAGUUUACAUAGUUUUAAUUUUUUAAUUUAAAUUAAAGGUGGCUGCCUCCUGAAAGCCAGCAUUAAGUCAGAACAUCCCGGCUCAAGCAAAGAGCCACCUCUCUGCAGAGGUGAAGUCUACUUCUGGUGCCCAAAAGAAAUCAUUCUUUAAUCUCUUGAAGGAAGAGAUUCUUUAUCAGGCUGCAAACCAGUUUUAAUUAUUGCUGAUGACUUAUAAAUGGAUACAAGUCACUUUUAACAACCCUUCUUACUUUUCUUAUGUGAAUCUCUGAAUACCCGUCAGUAUUUUAAAGUUAGUAAUUCAGGACAUCUGAAGUAGUUGAAAGGACAAAUUAAAAGUGUAAAUCUUCUUUUUGUACCUACUAGCUGCCUUUAUUUUUUUGGCUUUUUUUUUUUUUUCCAUUCUUCAUUAAAUUUAUUUUGCACAGUAGUGUUUACAAGUCUUACAUAUCUCAGCUCUUGGCAGAAGCCUGGUGGCUGACAGCCCUGUUGACUGUGGUCUAGUGGCCGGUUGCCUGCUCUGUCCGUCCGCACGGAUCCCCUCCCUCCCUCGUUUCCCCAGCGGCCGUAGGGCUCUGCUGGCGGGUUCCGUGUCCUUGUGGGCGUAGACGCCUCCUCAGGACAGCCUCACUGCACUCGGUACUGAAGAGCUGUCCGCCCAGAGUCUUGACUCCAGGACAGGCCAGAAGGCAGUGCUGUUGAGAGGUGUGAGUUGGUCUUCAGUCUCAUCUGCUGAACCCAGCUUUGAGUAUGAGUUGGCGAGUUAGUUAGCCUCCAUCCUGUAGAAGAGACUUUUGAGAAGCUGUCCUUUGUCUCCAUUAUUAGUUAAUAAGAGGUGCCUUUUGAUCCAGAUGUUACCACCUCCUCACUUGGUCAGAGGAUGUACAGUUUUACAAAACUACUAAAGUGGAUUUAAAAUAGUUUUGAUGAAGCCUGUGCACAAAGCAUUACCUGAUCUUAAGGAUUAGUACUCUUAAGCCAAGUUGAUGAGCUUUGUGCAACUACCUUAAUGGAUGUCUUUGGAGUUUGUUAUUCCUUUACAGAUGGCUCUAGACAUCUCUUGGGAGAUUUUACAGUCUGGCAUUUGUGCUCUUGUUCACUCUCAGUGAAGGUUGUACCUAGUUGCUGUAGCACAGCCUGUGAUACUGGGCUCACUGCCUGUCAGGUUUUGUUGUUCCAUCAGCCCCAUCUUUGUCUGCAAGUAACCUAACAUAAACAUCCUACUCUGCUUUAGAAACUGACUUGGGAGAAACUUGGUCAUUGUUACCAGUAAAUUUAGAUGGAUGUCCCUAAGUGUUUACCAUUUCUGUCCAGUCAAGGAGUCUUUUCCUUGGAAAUUUGGUUGAAAGUCUGGGGCCAAAAUGCAAAGGAGAAGUUCUAUUCAAAGGCAAGAGUCAAAAUCUGUUAUUUCAGUUGGAAUUUACAACGUCAGUCACUUCUCCAAGUUUGCGUAAAUCAGCUUGAUGGAGUGGGACAGACAAACAUCCAACUUUGAAACUAUAGCACAGUUAGAACUAAGUAUUGCUGGAAUAUCUAGCAUUGUAGUUGUCUUGUUCCCCACAGAUCACCAAGGAGUAAAGGGAUGGCCAUUUGCUUGGGCAGAAGUCUGAAGUCUCAUGCUCUUACCUCCUUGGUGCAGGAAGGUUUAAGACUGACGUGUCACGGGAGCAUCGCCUUUGCCAAAUCUAAUGAGUGACGGGUUAUCUUGAAAAUGUGACAAUCACAUUUCCUCUUUGCUCAAAUAAUUCUGUUUUUCCAAAGCUUUAGCAGCUUAAUUAAAUCUGUUGGACUGGGGGAGGAGAGAACUGUUCCCUAGCGGUUAACAUGGUAUUCUUUAAGAAGAAAAACAAAGCCAAAGAAAACUCAUUAUCAGGCAUGUUCGCCUUAAAGAUGGUGGUGGGUAGAAUCUGGAGUUUGAAUUUGUUUUUAAAAGUGCUUACAUAUCUCAUAUUUGGUGUUGGCCUCUUAAGUCUAAUUUUCAUGUAGAAUUCUUGCUGUAUUGUUUUAUUUGAGUAAGGGCUCUGUGCAUUGAACUGCCUACCAAGCUUUCUUUAUCUGUGAUGACAUUCUCACCACAGGGGUCUUAACACUGCAGAGUAGACUUGUGCUGUUUACAUAGUUUACUUGUAACUAAAAGAGCCUGAAAUAACAUGUAGUUUUCCAUCUAAUUUGACCCCAGUUUACUUUGGUUGUUGUCAGGAUCAAUUAUGAAACUGAAGUUUGGUGCCUCCUGUGUAUCAUGUUUUUCCCCUUGUAGCAGUUGUGUUUAAUGUCAUUAAAAAUAAAUAAAAGUUCUUGUCAGUG